AUGUCUACUUCAUCCCAAGGAACUUUCUACCAUAAUCUUACACAAGAUGACAACGGUACUGAGAUUGGUGCAUACAACAUCACCCUUGGAGGUGUCAAUUAUACUCUCAAGGAAAGCGUCUCGGUCGGACAAGAAGUCCUCUCCGAUGAUACCAAUACCAACCAAGGUGAUGUUGUCACCAUCCUGCGUACGCAACAGGGAUGUACCAAGUAUGUUUACGGUCCCACUAGUUAUUGGUCCUCCUUCUAUGGGGAGCCCUAG